UCGCUCUGCGGCACUUGUUUACAUGAAAAGUGCACAAAGUAUGCACAUGGCUUAUCGCAUGCAUGUGUGUUUGUAACCAUGGAUGACGUCAUCGUGAAGGUCGAACCAACAGAUCCAGAUGAGGACCCACAUGGAACCUUAGCUUGUGCCGAAUAUGUAAAAAUGGAGAGUAAGGACGAUGGUACGCGGACGACAGUCGAUAGGACUGAUACGGGACAGAGUGAAGCGGAUCUCUAUAUAGCAGGCUUAGAAGACUGCAGUGGAGCAGAUUUUCCAUAUGUUAGUUUAACAGAGAGUGACUACAGCUCACUUUUCUUUGACUGUGAUGAUGACCUCUCCGAUACAAAUGAUGACUUCGAUGUCUUCGCUUUGACCGGUGGCGUACCUGUCUUACCCGACCAAGAUGGGUUGAUAGAGAUGCCUCAGGGACUGGCUGUGAGCGGUUCCAAGGUCGCGCGCUACAACCCCAUGACCAAGGAGUACCACUGCAUUAGCUGCCCAAUGCGAGGAUCCGCCUCCCAUCUAGCUGAACAUUAUCUAGGGGUCCACCUAAACACAAAGUGUUUUAUCUGCCCGAUUUGCUCAUACAGUAGCUCUUGGGUGCGUGGCCUACUCAAUCAUGUUGAGACGUCGCACCAAGAGAGUGUCGAUAAGGCAGACCUUGUCAAGAAUGUGCCGAUAUACACUGAAGUGAUCACCUUGCUCAAGCACCUGAAGAAGCUGUCAAACUUCAUCACGGGCAUGACGGACGACGGCCCGAAGAAGUACCGCUGCAACGUGUGCGGCUACGAGACGAAUCGCGGCGACCUCGCGCGGCGACACUCGCUCACGCACAGCGGCGAGCGGCCGUUCGCCUGCUACGUGUGCCAGCAGAAGUUCAAGCGCGUCGAGCACAUCAAGAAGCACUUCCUGCGGCUGCACACGAGCGCCACGUGGGACUCGACGAAGGUGAUCCGCUUCAACCGGGACAACUCGAGCGGAUACAAGUACUUCACGACGAUCGACCUGCCGCGACCGCGCAAGUCCGGCGGCGGCGAGCUGAACGGCGACGGGCUUCCCGCGCAGGGCUACCUCGACGUCGACGACCUCGUCGAGGCCAGCGAGAGCUGGAAGCGCAAGGAGUUCGACUGGGUCGACGACGACGUCAACGACGCGGACGACGGCGGCGGUGCGGCGAAGCGCUUCCAUGCGGACGAGGUCGUCGAGACCGCCGCUGCCGCGAACCUGACGCCGUCGAAGGGCCGGCCGCGGAAAAGCGCGCGGCUCGCAGCCGACGCUGCGGCGGCCGCGGUCGCGGAGAAGACGGUCGACAAGACGCUGUUUGCGAUCCGCGACGACGUCGCCGAGAAGAUCUCGAAGACGAAGCUCGCGAAGAGCCUCGAGCGGGACGGCGCGGCGUCGCCGCCUAUAUCGCCGCACGUCUCCGUCGAGUGCACGAACGGAGCCGGCGCGGCCGCCCCGCCUCCGCCGCCGCCGCCGCCGGUUAAGACGCUCAAGUACACGUGUCCGCAGUGUCCGUUCUUCGCGAUGGACAACUGGCACCUGCAGCGGCACAUCCGCGCGCGCCAUGUCGCGCUGAAGCCAUUCCAGUGCGCAUUCUGCCGCUUCCGCGCCACCUACUGGGACCGUGUGCUCGUGCACGCGCGUCGCAAGCACGACCGAUUGAAGUGCGACCGCUGCUCGUUCUACGGCGAGGGUGAAAAGCAGCUGCUGCAGCAUCGCAACGAUGAGCACUGGGAGUCGCUGUUCAGAUGCAAAGCUUGUGAGAUGAGUUUUCGAACAAGUCAACAACUGGAUGAGCAUCUGCUAUUUGACCACAGUGGCACGGCGAAACCCGUCAACAAUGACAGCAGCAAGGCGAGUCGUCUCGACGCUCAGUCGUCGUCCUACGCGACGCCGCUGCCGAUCUCGGACGCCGCGUUCCCGACGUCGGCGUUCGUCGGCGCGACGUCGGCGUUUGUCGGCGCGACGACGCGGGCCGCAGCAGCAGCCGCAGCCGCCGCGAGCCAGCGUUCGCCGAAGAUGCUGCCCGGCGCCAUGUUCUGGAAGAAGCAGAUGUGCGAGUUCUGCAGCAAGUACCUCGCAUCGCGCAAGGGCCUGCGCGCGCACAAGAAGUUCCACUGCAAGACGCUGAAAUGCUCCGGCUCGCUCGCGAGCCCGACCGACCUCACGAACGAGACGACGCCCGAUGAAAUCAUCCUGAACUCGUGCUACGACCGCAGCCGGCUCGAGGACGACGGCGACGCGAGCGGGGACGCGAGCGACGAGGCGGCGGCGCGCGGCGGCGGCGGCGGGGAGGACGAGGCGAGCGACAACGCGUUUCAGUGCUCGCUGUGCGCGUUCUCGUGCCCGACGCGCGCCGAGAUGAUCGCGCACAUGGAGGUGCACUGGGGCAUGGCCGACGGCGAGAGCGACGACGACGACGACGACGGCGUCGACUCGUCGUCGGACAGCCUCCCCGAGGACACGUCCGGCUACCCGUUCGGGGAUCACACGAGCGACGAGCUGUACCGGCUCGCGCGCGUCGCCCUCGCUGCCGCCGCCGCCGCACCCGUCGAGUCCGAGAGCACGUCGUGCGAGGGUGCCACCGGCUGCGAACUCGACGCGGAGAUUCUCAAGGCGAAGCUCAAAAAGGACCUGUUCAUGCACAAGGGUAACGGCCGGAAGACGCUGGACGAGCUGUUUCCGGCACCGACGUCCCGGGACGGUGAGGACGACUCCGAUAAAGAUCUGGCUUCCGAGUUGAGCGGACAGGACGUGGUGAACGACUCGCAAUAG